GGUGUGCAGAAUAUAUAAUUUUAUGUUUUUGUGUAUAUAAGCAGCACAACAGUUUUAAUUGUUUAUUAUUAUGAGGUAAUUCACCUGCUGUAAAAUGAAGGCGAUAAUCUUAUUUUCCUUUUUAAUUAUCGCGAUUGCACAAAUCCAGUGCCAAAAAGAUCGUUGUGGUCCAAAUCAGCAAUUUAUAGAAUGCAAAUCUUGUUGUAAAGAACCAACCUGCCAGCAGAGAUUCCCUCCUAGAUGUGAUAUUUGCCCUGCAAUAUGCCUUCCAGGCUGUACUUGUCUACCAGGAUACAUAAGAAAGUCUGAUAAUGGACCUUGUGUAAAAAGUUGUCAUAUAAUAUAGACAGUAAAUAACAAUAUCGUAUUUGAACCAAAAUGUAUCUUAGUUUGUUUUAUAUUUAUAUGACAGUUAAAGAACUGCUUGUUUAAAAUAAAUUUUAAAUUAAAUUAAAAA